AUGCACCCUCUACACCUCAACAAAGUUUCUUCUGCUAUCUCGGAACUGUCAAACAAGCCUCUAAGAGUGGUCUCAGCUUUCAACAGUCUACUCACAACCAUCCCCUACCCCAUAACACCGGAAUUCGUGCCAGAUGCUGCCAAAGCCGCCUUGAUGGCGGACGAUGAAGGGGUACAAGAAGGGCAUGACAAUGGUGAAGUAAAGCUAGACAAAGAGAAUUGGUCAAGAGAUGGAACAGGGAAUUGA